AUGCUACUUUAUUCGCUUUUGUUGGCGUUUAUUCCAUUAUCGCAAACGGCUAAAUUUCUUGAUCAGGUUUCGAAACAAGCAAUUCAAGUUCUCCACGGCUCACAACGAGACGGAAUCGUGAGACAAUGCACGUGCAAUGAAAUGAAGGACUGCUACGCUUCUUCGAAAGCGCAGGCGCUCGACUGCUUCGAGACCUGCUGGAAACAGGAAAUCCAACAUUACAAAAUCACGGACAAUCCGACCUCUCUGAAAGCCUGUUUUGAUGCGAAGAAACCGUUCGUCGACAAUGUGAUCGAUUGUUUUCAAAAGAAAGUUAAAGCAUGUGCUGAAGAUGAAUCCCAAAUGAACAAGCAAGUCAGGGAAUACGACUACAAUGACAUGAUAAAACGAGUGGAAGAUGCCGUCAAUGCUCAAAUCAAUUCGUUCAUGAAAUCGAUUGGAAAUGAAAACGUUAAGCAAGUUGUGAAUGCCGGAAAAGCGAUUGCGCUAUGCGUCAAAAACUGUUUUAUCGAGAAGAACAAGGAUGGAUUCUGCUUCAACCGAAUUGGAUGUGAACCGCAAAUUGAGGACAAAAACGCGAAAGCGGCCAUCCGACAGUGCUCGAGAGCUGUGCAAUGGAAAAAAGAGAUGGAGCAGUUUUGUAAAUGCUCAAGUGCUGCGGGAAUCACUGGUCUGUCCAGCUAUUGCGGAAUGCUGAAUAUUAUUGGAAAAUGA